AUGAGUAGCAACGGAAAUCAGGUGCCGUUGGCGCCGAACCAGCGAGGACCCGGACCUUAUCCACGGGCGUCAACACCACACAGACCGGUGGAAUGUUACCACCCUACCGGCGCCCCCGGGGCUGCAUACAUGACAAGCACAGCCGGAGGAGCGCAACCCUCGGCGCAAGCAACUCUAAGAGUUCAACCAACACCGCAGCCAUCGGCACCGCCGGCACCUCAACAAGACCUGUCAAAGACGACCAUGGCUGGCCAUAGUUAUGUUUCGCAGAACCAGACGCCGCAGCCUCGACCACAGUUUACUAACUAUCAAUACAGGGCGACCCAACACACGAGGCCGAACACACAUACACGCCAGCAACAAUCAUACAUUCCCGGUACUGCUGCUACGGCAGCCGGACCAGUCAUGUACCCGACGAUAGUGUUCCAACCGACGCCAAUGGGUAUGCAAACUUACCAGCAACCUCGUUCCAAUACGCCAGCAGGGUUCUAUCCAUACCACAUGGGACAUUUCAUAGGCUACAAUAAUCCGACGAGCCACUCUGCACCAUAUUACUACACUUCAAACAGUCCUCAGCUGCCAACUCCAAAUUUACCAGCGAACCACCCCUGGCGGUAG